AUAAAGAGUGGUUCCCAGCUCAGAUCAGCACAACACUCAGCCAGCUUCUGCAGCUUCUGGUCUCUGCAGUCUCAGCUCUGUUCCAUCCUCUCCCCCAGCAACACCAUGAAGCUGUGUGUGUCUGCUCUCUCUCUCCUGCUGGUCAUGGCUGCCUUCUGGGCUCCAGCACUCUCAGCACCAAGGGGUUCUGACCCUCCCACUUCCUGCUGCUUUUCUUACAUUGCUCGGAAGCUUUCUCGAAACAUUGUGACCGAUUACUAUGAGACCAGCAGCCUUUGCUCCAAGCCAGCAGUGGUAUUCAUUACCAUAAAAGGCAAGCAAGUCUGUGCGGAUCCCAGCCAGCCCUGGGUCAAUGAGUAUGUGAAUGACCUGGAGCUGAACUGAGCUACAGGAGGAACCACUUCAGGGAAGGCCUCCUGAGCCCUGCCACUCCUCAUUGAGAAGUGCCUUGCUGCUUCCAUUCAGAAUUCCUCUCCCCCUUCUUAAUCAAGUCUUUAUAUACACUGUGUUAUUUUAUUUGGUGUUAUUUCUAUUUAUAUUUAGUUAAAGGACAUGUUUCUCCUAUGGGGAUGGUCCACCAUUACUGUUUCUCUGCUAUUGUGGAUAUGACCAUGCAGUUGAUUUCAUAUACUUUCAUAAUAAAUCUUACUU